UUUUAUUUGUCUGGUCACUUUCCCAUUUUCCCUCUCUCCUCUCCUCUCCCGAGCUCCCUCCCUCCCUUGCCGAUUUUCUCUACCACUCCUCCCUCCCUCACUCACGCCUGGGAGAAUUUGUAUAUCAAACGAACCACGGCAAACCCUUCUUCCUCCAGUGAUUCAUCAUCUGUUCAUGGAUCAUUUCUAAGGCAACUCAACUCCCUUGCUUCCCCCCUCCCCCCUCCCCUCAAAGCAGAACAUACGCCCUCCUACAUGGAUAAUAUAUAUAUCCGACUUAACUCCAGCAGGCGUCCCACGUUUGCCUUAUAAACCACUUCUUCAGCAGUGGCAGGCAGAGCGUCCUUCUUUAUUAAUUAUAACUUAUCACUUACAUCCAUCCACAGGACCUAGCAGCACACUUCUAUGCCCUCUGUUUUUUCCCCCUUUUGACCAGCAGCUAUACAACCUACUGACUUGACUUGAGCGGCAACAGGAGAGCAUGAAAAGCCUAUUGAGAGGAGCCACUUGUGAUGAAUGGCGUUUUCUUUUUCCCUUUCUGACACAGGUUUUUCAGAGAAUAUAUCAAUCCCCUCUCCCUACUAUAAUAAUACUUAUGAGACUUGUCUACAAACAGCAAACAGCAGGAAAGCAACUCAGCCAUCCUUCGUCCACCCUCUGCCCUUUCUUCUGUUAUUUCUUCCAAUCAUGUUGACCUGUCUACUCUACCAGUCUAUCAUUUGAGACAAUCUUCUUCUUCUACUUUUUUUUUCCCUCCGUUCUGUUUAUUUUUAUUUCCUCCUAGCCGAUUAGAGAGAAAAAUUCCUGACCACAGUAUCCUUACUAACGAAACACACACAACCAGACGGAGAGAGAAAUUCCCACAGAAUAGGCGAAAAAUAUACAGUGUGGGUAACAAUAUCGAUGCACAGCGUGCAGGGCACUAAUCAGGACUAGAAGAAGGCUAAAGCACAGCACCACCGCACCCACCUAGGUAGGGUAGGUAGGGUAGUGGGGGAGAAGGGAAGGGAAGGAAGGGAAGGCAGGCGCGGGGGCCAGGGGGGGUUAAGCAGCUAACUUGAACCCGGACUGCGCUUAUACCUUCUCCCCCAGGCCACACCCGUCCGUCUACCCCUUUUUAUUUCCUUUUUCCCUUUUAUUUUCUACUCCAUUUUCCUUUUCUUCUCCGCGGCCAAAAAAAU